AACUUAAUAUUUUAGUUUUGCCAUUCAAACUAACAUUUUGUUUGUGAAAACCCAAACCAUACGGACUUAAGAAACUAUUGGCACAAUCACUGGGAGUACAGUACAGUAGAUAUGGCAUCAAAUACUGAGGGAAAAGUCAUCAAAUGUCGGGCACCGGUAUGUUGGGGACCGAAAAAAGGACAAACCAUUGUCGAGAUUGAAGUGGAUCCGCCUAAAGAUCAUGAGGUGAGAGUCAAGAUUGUGGCCAACGGUGUCUGUCGUAGUGAUGCCCAUCACUUGGACGGCGACUCGUGCGAUGUGGCCCUAAAAUAUCCGCUAAUCUUAGGACACGAAGCAUCGGGUAUUGUCGAAAGUGUCGGUCCGGGAGUUGAAUCGGUAGUACCGGGCGAUCACGUCAUACUAUUGUAUUGUCCGCAGUGUUUGCCGGGCAAAGAGUGCGAGCGUUGUUCAAGCGAUAAGACCAAUGCCUGUAAGUACGACAACUUCAAUACGACGUCUACUAUGAGAGACGGCACUACACGGUUCCGACACAAUGGCCAGACUAUCUACCAUUACUGCGGUAUUAGUACGUUCAGCGAGUAUACAGUGGCCCGAGAGGUGCAAGUGGCCAAAAUUGAUCCGAAAGCACCGCUAGAAUUGGUCUGUCUUAUUGGCUGUUGUCUGGGCCAAGGGUUCGGUGGUGCCCAGCAUAUGGCUGGUGUAACACCGGGCAGUUCGUGUGCCGUAUGGGGAUUGGGUGCUAUCGGUUUGGCCACAGCCAUGGCCUGCAAGGAUGCCGGAGCCAAACGUAUUAUCGGAAUCGACACCAAUCCCGAUAAGUUUGAGUUCGCAAAGAAGUUCGGUUGCAAUGAGUUUGUAAAUCCCAAAGAUCUUGAUAUACCAGUGCAACAGUACUUCCAGAAUGAGGGUGGUCUCGACUAUACGUUUGAGUGCGUCGGCGGCAACCAAAUGGUUACACUGAGAGCCGCCUUCGAGUCGUUGGCUCCGUGGGGCACCUGUAUCUUUUCAGGUGUAACCAAAGCGCACGUUGAACUAUCCAUUAAGCCCAACAUGUUUUUGGACGGCCGUACUAUUCGUGGUUCGACAUUUGGCGGUCUCAAGAGUCGUACCGGUGUCCAGAAAUUGGUCACAAAGUUCCAGAACGGCGACUACCAAUUGGAACCGUUUGUUACCGGCCGCUACACCAUCGAUGACAUACCCGAGUGUUUUGAUCUGUUAAGACAGGGAAAGGCGUGUCGAUCGAUAAUACUUUAUAAACAAUAAUUGUUUUAUUUUUUAUAAUAAAAUCUAAUCAUUUUGUUAUUUGUUUUUUUUGCUAUUAAAAAAAUUAAUUAAAUAAAACAAAAUUAAUUGAUAG